UCCAUCCUAGUCCCAAGGUCGCCAGUCAUCAAGCUCCACUUUCCAACUCCCUCCACCACCACACCACCACCACCGCCACCACCGCCACCGGAAACACCACCAAGUCCUCCAUCUUCAUCUUCAUCAUGUCGAAGUGCCCGAACCACGGCGGCCACAAGUGGCGGAAGAUAUGGAUGAGAGUGUUCCAGGUCAGCCUGGUGGUGGCCUUCAUAAUCCUGCUCAUAGUGCUCAUAACAUGGGCCAUCCUCCAACCCCACAAGCCCAGCUUCACCCUCCAGGACGCCACCGUCUACGCCUUCAACGCCUCCGCCACCCCGAGCCUCCUCACCUCCACCUUCCAGGUCACCAUCUCCUCCCACAACCCCAACGACAACAUCGCCAUCUACUACGACCGCCUGGACGUCUACGCCACCUACCAGGACCAGCAGAUCACGCUCAGCACCCGCAUCCCUCCGACCUACGAGGAUACCAAUGACGUCGACGUGUGGUCGCCCUUCCUCUACGGCAUCUCCAUCCCUAUAUCUCCCUACUACGCGGCUGAGCUGACCCAGGACCAGAGCAACGGGUACGUGGUGGUCAUGAUCAGGCUGAGGGGGCGGGUGAGAUGGAGAGUUGGGUCUUUCACCUCGGGAGGGUACCACAUUUUCGUCAACUGUCCGGCAUAUAUUACAAUGGGGAGCCGGAGCACGGGAAUUGCAGUCGGGAACAACGCGGUCAAGUAUCAGUUGAUGCAGAGUUGCAGCGUUAAUGUCUGAUGAUCGACGCUAUUGCUAUGUUUGUUUUACUGGCUAUGGUACAAAUCGUCGAUUAGCUUCUCUUUUUCCUUAACUAGCUUCCAUCAAUAACUUGUUCCUCUCUUUCUCCUUAUUUCUUAUGUUUUAAGUUCUGCAAUAUAGUGGUACAUUACAGUGAUUCCCUCAAUCAUGUGUAGAGUUAUGGGAUGAUGUGGAUGUUAUGAGAGAGGUUUUUCCAGAAGAGAAGAUGGAUAUGUAAGCAAAGCCAUUAAUACAUACCUACAUUGUUAUAUGUA